UUUUUUUCCUUUGCUUUCAGUCAGCAUUUUCAGUUACCAUACGCCAAAAUGAAAUUCUCGAGUGUCCUUGCUUUGGGGUUAGCAAUUUUGAUUGCCUGUGUUGAUGCCAGACAACGCGACAACUGCAGGGAAGCACCAGGACUUGAAGUAACGUCCAGUAACGUUGACUGCUCCCUUCCAGUCAAUCAAGUAACUCUGCACCCUCACCCUACACAAUGCAAUCUCUAUUUACAAUGUGUUCACGGUGUCGCUAUUGAAAGACCUUGUGCUCGUGGAACGGAAUUUAGCCCCUCAGUUGGCGUAUGUGUAUGGCCUCAAGAUUCUGGUUGUAGAAGUACGCCUGGUCAGAGCGUUGAUCCGAGUAUUUGCAACAGUGAUUCAUCCAGGCUCUGCGACGACUUCCGUUGCGAUAAUGUUAUCUAGCAAUGAAGGACUGCUUGAUUCACGUACCCACUUCUAGAAGAUCUGCGUAGACCGUAACUUUUUUCAAACGGAGAUCUAUUGUUAGUUUAUGAAUAAAUUUGUCAA